AUGGCAAAGGCAGAGGCAAAGACAGAGGCAGAUGCAGAGGCAGAGGUGGAGGUGGAUGUGCAUGAUCUCGCCUCCAUAAUGAAGAGCCUUGAACAAGAAAUCACCCUCCUCUCUCCGUCGCCCGUGCAUGUGCCUGUGGACCUCCUCAACCUAGAGUUAGAGAGCGAAUGCCCAUUGACUGUAUGGAGGCAUUCCAUCUCGUUCAUUAUUCCACAAAGCGAGUUUUUGGAACAUGAGAUGCUUCAGUAUUUGGUUUCCAAAAAUGCCAUCGCCUUCAUCUACAUAGCCACCUAUGUUCUCAAGGCUUGCCUUGGACGCUUCGAUGUUCACAGUCUCUUCUUCGUGCUGGACCAGGCAAAGAAACAAACUUGGAGCAAAAUGAAGGUCCGGUAUUACAACUGCCAAGGAGAAGGGCAUAUUAAAGACGACUGCCCAGAACUAAAGAAAAAGGAGAAGGACAAGGGCAAAAGACUAAUGAAAUCUAAGCUCAAAACCUUGAAGCCGACGUGGGAUGAAACGACGUCAUCAAAAUUUGAAGUUGAAGCCUAUGCCAGACUAGCCCUAAUAGCAGACCAUCAAAAGGAAGAUGAAAGCAGCUCAGAGAUGAGCAUUGAUGAGGGGGAGGAUUAUCAGAGGAAAGCUGCGAUGAAGGGGGAGCAUCAGAAUACGAGGUUCUGGGUAGCCCGGAAUAAUCUAAAAUAUCAGUUGGGGGCAGUCGAACCACAAAGCGGGUUAAAAAGUCGGCUAGCGCGUCUGGUUCCUCACCUAUUUCGUUGGACGGCCCGAGCGAGAACAGAGAGGAAGAGCCACAAAUCUGGGGCACGGGACCGAAAUCGAUAUAACGCGACGGGAGACAGAUCGGCCAACGCUAUGGCAGCCGCAGCGUCGCCCGUCGCCGACUGGGACGAGCUGCGGAGAGAAGCACGGCGGAUCGAAGGCGACCUCGACGUCCGCCUCUCCUCUUACGCGAAGCUCGGAGGUUACUCGGAUCCGAGAAGCCCUGCGAGCGAUUCCCACUGGAAGUCGAUGGAGAUGGAGAUCGAGAUGCUGCUGGCGAGGCUGAUGCAAGUGAACGAGGCGAUGAGCAGGUGUGCCUCAGCGGCCGCGCCAACGACCUCUGUGGCCCAGAAACUCACCAGGCAUAGGGAUAUCCUUCACGAGUUCACCCAGGAGUUCAAGCGAACAAGGGGUAACAUAAUGUCGAUGAGGGAGCAUGCCGAGCUACUUAUUUCAGUGCGCAAUGAUAUAAAUGAACACAAGGCAUCAGGCAGCACACAAUCAGCACCAAAUUUACUGAGAGAGCGUGCUGCUAUACAUGGAAGUAUUUCUCAGAUUGAUGAAGUGACCAGUCAAGCUGAGGAAAUGAAGGGUAUUUUGUUAGCUCAGAGAAGUACUUUCAGUGGCAUUCAGGGAAAAGUAAAGCAACUUAGCGACAGAUUCCCGAUGAUUCGCAAUAUACUAGGAAUGAUAAAGAGGAAGAAAUCAAAGGACACGAUAAUUCUCUCUGCUGUCAUUGCAGGAUGUACAUUAUUCAUCAUCAUUUACUGGUUCUCCAAGUGAUAUCUUAUUACCUUCGUAUUUCAGUCAACUCCAAACAUGGGCCUAUUUGUAGUGGUUUCAGAAUUAGGAUUGGCUUGCAGAAGCAAUCUUCAACAGGCCCACAUUUGCUAGUCAAUGGAUCAGGUGUUUCAAGUUCUCAAAUGAUUUCUGAAUUGAGUGUACGAGGGUUCUUAUCAGAGCAUGGAUUCAGAUUAUAGCAGUCUCAUGGAGUAAAGUUUCUGGCAAUUUGUUCUUCCUCUCGGCCUCUGGAUUAAAUUCCACCUCAACCUAUAUGGGAUUUCAUUCUUCAGUUAUAGACAAUUUACCGAUGCUCCUUUUAUCUGAAAGUUAUUAUGUUACGCAAGCUAAGGCAUUUCUCAUGGAAAUUUUGUUCCUACUUCAAAUCUUUGUUGACGCAUUGGAUACAAUUUAUAGUUUGUUUAUUGAGUACGAAAGAAUUGAGUGGCUUGAAAUGAUGGCACCGUCAGCACUGAACAAUUUUUUAUAGUGAAUUUAGAAUGAUAAAUUUCAACAA